UGAAUGUGAUUCUGAUGUUUUUUUUUAUUAAUUAUUGAUUAUAGUAUUACUAAAAUCUCUAUAUUUGUAAUUCAUUGAUACUGUAUGUAUUUUUUUUCUAUAAUCUAUUUUAUCGUAUAACGUGAUAAUGUUUUGAUUCUUUCUCCUAUUGUUUUCGUGCGUUGAUCUUGUUAAUAAUUAAAGUUGAUCAUGAUACGAGUUAAAAGAGUGUUUAAAACAAUAAAAAACAUGGGGAAUCGGUACUACAGUAUUUAUCCUAUUGUAUCUAAAGUUGCGAGUGAGGUUAGAAUUGAAAAUUUAUCUUAUACAUCAGUUUUACAGACUUUUAUGCCUUCAAAUUAUUUUAAAAAUGAAAUAAAGUGUGAUGACGUGUAUUCAAGUGAGACAAGUUUGAAUAAAAGAGACAUCAAUAUAAUUAUUGAUUUGAGUAUAUUUAAUAUAGGUGUUCAAUGAGUUUACAAGUUGUAGCAGGAAAAAAAGUUAUAGUACGGAAGAUAACAAAAACAAUUCUUUACAUCAAACAAUAAGUGCAAGGAUAGUAAAAAGUAUUCAUAUAUAACUUUCAUGGAGGAAGUAUAAGCCGUCUAUGAUAUCGCUUUCUGAUGAUGAAAUUAUACUGGAUCAUCUAUCAGAUAAUAUUAUCAAUUAGCUGUUUGAAUAUUAUUAUGUUUGUGCCAUAAGAAGCAAUGAAAAUAAUUUAGAUAAUAUAUGGAACAACAUUUUUAUAUAAAAUAUCAAUGGACGACAAGUUAUUUUACAACUUCUAUUCAGAUGAUUGAUAUAAAUAUAAAACUGCUGAGACAGUUAGAACUUUAGGUUCAGUAGUAAGGACCUUAUGCUAAUCUGCUAUAUCUAUUAUAAAGAUAGUUUAUUGAAGAAUUAUCUUGUAGAGAAAAUAUUAAAUGAAUCAUUCAAUAAAUCAUUCAAUAGCAUUGUGCUAACAAAAAUAUUAAAAAAUGUAUUUGUUGAAAUCCUAUACAUCGAAGCUUGGUAUAUAUGAUGGAUUACAUAUAAUGUUAUUACAUUUAAUGGUGAUAAUGCUGGCAAAUUGGAAGUUUCUCAGAAAAGCUAGAAUACGACAGUCAGUGGAGAAUGCGAAGCAAGUCGGCAAAGCAAAGUUAUAUGUUUCAGAAAUAUCCAAGAAGGUAUAAUCUUCAAUGUGCUUGUACAGUAUGGAAAAAGAUAAAUGUUACAAUAGCAGAUGAUUUUAGCUGCUUUUUCUACUAAAAAAUCCAUUUGAAAAAGUAGGAAUGAUGAAACCACUGUUAAGAAGAGGUGACCAAGAAGUUGUUCUUGCGAAAAAAGAUUCAAGAGUUGGAAUAUCAAUUAUGCAAUCGUCUAUCGAAAUAAUCGACAAGCUAACGCCGAUUCAAAAAUUUUACGAUGGUGAAAGUGUAUUUUUAACUGGUGGAACAGGAUUUAUGGGAAAAUUAUUGAUUGAGAAAUUGUUAAGAGCAUGUCCGAGUAUCAAAUACAUUUAUAUUUUGAUACGUCCGAAGAAAGGGAAAAAUGUCCUUGAACGUAUGGUAGAACUUAUGGAAGAUUCGUUAUUUUCUACGUUGAAAGAAAAAGAACCAACCUUCCAAAGACGCAUAGUUGCGAUCAAAGGCGAUUGUAGUUUGCCGAAUCUUGGUAUAUCCAAAAUCGAUAGAGCUAUACUUACACGCGAGGUAUCAAUUGUUUUUAAUGUUGCUGCGACCGUGAGAUUCAACGAAAAACUGAAAUCUGCGAUAACUAUUAACAUUCGAAGUCUGAGGGAUUUGAUAAAUUUAUCGAAAGAAAUGCCGAAACUGAAGAGUUUCGUCCACGUAUCCACGGUUUAUGCCAAUUGUCUCUACAAUCCGAUCGAGGAAAAGUUUUAUGAUCCACCGAUAGAUGCCGACAAAUUGAUCGAUUUGGUCAACUCUCUGGAGGAAAAAAUGUUGGACUAUAUUACACCAAAAUUACUUGGAAGAUGUCCAAAUACUUAUGUCUAUACGAAAUCAGUUGCUGAGAGUGUGGUAAAAAAGCAUGCUGGCACGAUCCCGAUUGGAAUAUUUCGUCCUGGAAUUGUAAUAUCAACGUAUAAAGAACCUGUUUCUGGAUGGAUCGACAACGUGUACGGACCAGUGGGAAUUACAGCAAGUGUUAUAAUAGGAUUAAUGCGAAUUCAUCAUUGCGAUGGGUUGGUAAAAGCGAACUUGAUACCAGGAGAUUUAACGAUCAAUGGAUUAAUCGCUAGUGCAUGGGAUAUUGCUAAUAAUCCAAGAUUCAAUGAAAAUAUUCCUAUUUACAAUUAUGUAUCUAAGGAUAAUCCAAUCACCUACAACACGCUGAAGGAAAUGACGUUUAAGUAUGAACGAUUAGUACCGUCUAAAGAGACGUUUUGGUAUCGUAGUUUUAGGAUGACGAAAUAUCGGCUGGUCUAUCUGUUUUAUGUGUACUUUCUACAUUUAUUACCAGCUUUUAUAAUCGAUACGAUCGCGUUAUGUAUAGGUAAAAAGCCGAGGUUACUCAAAAUAUAUAAUAAAAUUCAUAAAAUGUCGGACGUACUUCGUCAUUUUUCUACGAUCGAAUGGAACUUUAUGAAUGAAAGAUGGAACGAACUAACGGGGAAGUUAACGUCAGAAGAUCGUGAAUUGUUCUUUUGUGAUAUAAAAGAUCUCGUUUGGAAUAAUUACUUUAAAAGUUAUGUCCUAGGGAUAAGAAAAUAUAUUUUAAAGGAUCCCAUUGAAACGCUUCCACAAGCUCGUAUUAAAUGGCAAAGGCUUUACUGGACCCAUCAAGGAUUCAAACUUAUUGCAGUCUGUAUUUUUUGUAUGAUCACGUGGGCUAUUGUUUCCAGAUUACUUGUAGCAUUCGCUUCUUCAUGAAAGAAGCAAUAUCACCAAAAAAGAUGAAGAGGAAAGAAUAAUAAUAAUUUAAGCUUUCAUCAUAGUGCACAUCAAUUAUUUCUCUUAUAAUAUGGGAAGAUCUUGGUUAAACGGUUUGGUGUUAUACCUAGGAUAAAGAUACAAUUUUUGUGAAUUUUUAUUCAUAAACUUUCAGGCGUAAUUAUUAGGAUUUGGUUUCUUUUUGCGUAAUUUAUUAAGCUAUUUAUUGUUUAUCAAAAAAUAUGAGAGGGUUUGAUAUUAUAAAAAUAUGAAGGUCUGAUAUUUUCCAAAUCCUCUUGACGGCAACCAUAUUACAGGUUGCAGGUUGAUUCAAAAAAAGAAAAAGGAAAGAAAUAAAUUUCGAACAGAUUUUCAAUUUUUUUAAAUAUUGCUAUUGAAUUGUAUACAAAUAUGUUAUACAAAAUGUACAACAUAAAAAAUGUACGAGUGGAGAAUUUAAAAAAUUCAAUGGCUCUCUGAAAAAUCAAAUUUCGAUUUUUCAAUAGUUGGCUGACUUUUCAAAUAACAAAUUUUCGAAAUAAAAAAGAUUAGCCUAAUUAUUUUGAUAAAUUAAUAAAAGUUCAAUAUUUUUCAUUAUUUUUAAAUUGAUUGGUCGAGUAAUUUCUUUUUUCUAAUAUUUGCAAUCAGCGUUGAGAAACAAAUUGUUAAAAUUUGAAACGUAGAUUUCAAUAGUAAAUUUUUGUUAAAUAUAUUUAGUAUAUUUACAAUUAAUAUAAAAUGCCAGCUCCAAAACUGUAUUCUUUUAAAAUUUCAAAUACUUUUUUUCAGCAAUCGUUUUUUAUUUUUCUUUUCGGCAGUUUUGCUCGAUUUUUUGUUUUUUUUUUAACUUUCCAACAAUUGCGCGAUGCACAGUAGAGUGAAGAAGAAAGAUUUAUUUCAAAAAUUUUGCGUAAAUUGUAAAAUUUUUAUUGUUCGAGGCUGUUGAAUGUGAAAGGAACAAGAAAUAUUUCUUUUAUAGAAUAAUUUAGAAAAGAUUUUGAAAUAUUUCAUUUUUAAUAAUUGACGAUUUUUGGAUAUUUACAAAAAAGUUUUUGUAUAUUUGUGCAUUGUGGAGACUUUUCAGGAAAAUGUAUAAAUCAGUUACAUGCUUUUAUCAGUUCGAGCAGUUAUUAUGCUUUUAUCAUAUAUACUAUAUAUUUGUGUAAUUAUUGCUACUUGGUAUACUCGCUCAAAAUGUUAUCUAUAAUUAAUAUCCUUUUAUUACUAGACAAUUCAUGUAUUAUUUCUGAUUUUGCUAUAGGUAUGGUAUGAUAAUUCGAAUAUUAUUAAUGAAAAUGAAUAUUGAUGAAAAUUGGAUAUAAUGUAUAUUAUAAGAAUUUCAUUUUGAACUUAUUUUAAAUAUAAUAUAAAUGGCAUUAAAGUAUAUUUAUAACAUUUUUUAAUAUAAUAUAAAAUUAAUAUUUCAUAAAUAUUGAAUAAAUAUUAAUUAAUAUAAUAAUAAAUAUUGGAUAACGUAUGAAUUUUAUUUCUAACAUAUGAAGAUCUAACUACGAUAUCAUAUGUCUAUGACGAUUAUAAAUCACAAAAUGGUAAUAUAGUAAAAACAUACGUCGACUGAAGAAGUGUUGCUAUAAACAAAAUAUGUAUACACUUUAUACAAUUUCCUAUUUAAUGUAUAAUAAUUAUCUAUAAUAACAGAACGUGUUUGUAUUUAAUUAAAUUAUAUCACGAGUACAAGAAUUUCAUUUAUCUGAAAUAAAUAUUUAAAAAAAAAAUGAAGAAAAAGAAAAUGUGAUGCAUUAUUUUUCGGGCAACACUUGUACUAUUAUUGUAUUAUCGCAAGAUUUAUUCACAAUU